AUGUACAGAUUACAGUUCUAUGAGCAUUUUGUUGUACCUUUUAUGCAAGAUGAUGAUGAAGAUUAUAACAAUGAUGAAGAUGGCAGACUGAGCAAAUCCGGAAACGAGUUAAAGAAGCUGCUUGGGCGCCUGAAUAAGUCAGAUACAGAGGAUGACGAUGACGCUGACAAUGACAAUGCCGAUGGGGAUGAUGAUAUGGAUGAUGUUAUUGACAAGGGUCCCCUAAAAGCAGUGCCUUCUGGAACUUCUCAACAACCCCAUCUACCUCCAAGGGAAAGAGAAAAAGGUAAAAAACCUUCUGUCAAAGAAGAGCCUGCAUCUGCUAGUCCUGUCACUGAAGAAGAAAUCAGGGCUGUUUUGAUGCAACAGUUACCAAUCACCGAGAAGGAGGUUUUUACAGCAAUCCUGAAGAGAAUGCACUCUCAGAAAACAAUUUCCAGGAAACCAAAAGACAAUGGAACCCGUUAUUUUGUUGUACUGAGAGAAAGUGAAUUGUAUAUGGCCUUCCCAUAG